CUCUUUGCUCUCUUCACUGCCUCACACGGUUGCUCAGUCGGAGUGGAAACUCAAAUUAAAUAGUUUGCAGUGGAUGGCUUCAGACGACCACCACCAUCAUCAUGAUCAUCACCACCACCAUGAUCAUGAUCAUGAUCACCAUGGGGAUUCGAGAACAGGGGCGUGGGUGGGGCCGGACGGGAGGGUGUACCAUAGCCACGAUGGGUUAGCGCCGCACUCACACGAGCCCAUAUACUCUCCGGGGUUCUUCAGCAAAAGAGCUCCGCCACUUCUCACCAGAGAUUUCAAUGAAAGAGCCUUCACUAUUGGCAUUGGCGGACCAGUUGGAACUGGAAAAACAGCUCUCAUGUUAGCUCUCUGUAAAUUCUUGCGGGACAAGUAUAGUCUUGCUGCGGUGACAAAUGACAUAUUCACAAAAGAGGAUGGUGAGUUCUUGGUGAAGAAUGGAGCACUUCCCGAAGAGAGGAUACGCGCCGUGGAAACUGGAGGCUGUCCACAUGCGGCGAUUCGUGAAGACAUCAGCAUCAAUCUUGGCCCUCUUGAGGAGCUGUCCAACUUGUUCAAGGCAGACAUACUUCUUUGUGAAUCCGGAGGAGAUAAUUUAGCUGCCAACUUCAGCAGAGAACUGGCUGACUAUAUCAUUUAUAUAAUUGACGUAUCUGCUGGUGAUAAAAUUCCUCGAAAAGGUGGACCUGGUAUCACUCAAGCUGAUCUCCUGGUAAUAAACAAGACUGACCUUGCACCCGCAGUCGGAGCUGAUUUAGCAGUGAUGGAGCGCGAUGCACUUCGUAUGCGAGAUGGCGGUCCCUUUGUGUUUGCUCAGGUAAAGCAUGGGGUUGGCAUAGAGGAAAUCGUGAAUCAUGUUUUACAGGCUUGGGAAGCUGCAACAGGGAAGAAGCGCCACUGAACUUUUCAAUAGUUGGUACAGCUCUAUCAAACGCUCGUUUCCUUGUAUUUUGGCAACUUCUUUAUGUUUGGCAUUUUCAUUUAGCAAUAAAAUGUGGCUCUAGCUUCAUGCUAUUUUGUGUAAUUCUCCUGACCUUUUCACAUAUAUCAAUAUCAGCCAGUAAUGUUUGUAGAAUUCAAAGAAUAAAUUAAUGGGUGACUUUAUAUUAUGAUAAUUU